AUGGCAAAAAUGUUGACGAGGCUGCUUUCGGCAAGCACCGCUGCGAGAAUUCGUGGCCCCGUGCGCAACCUCUUCUGCCCGUCUAAGCAGCCAGCAGAGUAUCAAGUCCGACUGGCCUAUCCAUGUGAUUACGAUCGCGUUAUGGGAUUCAUGGUGGAGACAUACUUCAGCAGUGAGCCAUCGUUGGUAAACGCAGGUUUAGCCAGCCAACUGACUCCGACGUUAAUGCAUCAAAUGUACUCGGCGAUUGGCGGUGGAAUGACGAUCAUAAUCGAGGACAGACAUACGAAUUGCGUGGUCGGAGCAUCGGUGAACGUGGAUAUGCGUCGCGAGGACGUCGGCAAGCAAGAGAAACUAGCCGCCUCGUGCGCCGAGUGCAAGAGAGUCAAGGAUCUGUUGGCUUUCUACGCGUUCUGUUCGAGGCAGUGCGAUCCGUGGAGGAAUUACUGCGUGGACAGACUGUUCGAGUGUGCUUACGUAGCCGUGCAUCCCAAACAUCAAGGCAAAGGCUUGGCAAAGAGACUCGUCGAGGAGAGCUGGGUACUCGCUAGGGACACUGCUUACCGACUGUUUCGCAUAGACUGCACCAGCAGCUACACGACACGUCUGGCCGAGAGCUUCGGCUGGCAAUGCGUGUUUCGGAUGCCGUACUGUCGUUACAUCGCCGACGGCGGUGAGUUCGUCUUUACGAGGAUCGUACCACCGCACACGGAGAUGCGUAUAUUCGUCGAUCAGUUGAAUCACUACGACACGUAUUAUCCACCAACGAAGAAGCGAAGUAAAAGCUAG